AUGAUUGUUGGUGGUGCUUGGGCUCUAUUAACCGCCAGUUAUUUCUACAAGGAAAGAAAGCCAACAGACUAUCUGAAUCCUGAUGAAUUCAUCCCUUUCUACAUCUCUAAUAGAGUUGAUAUUGACAAAGAUCAUUAUUUGUUAGAACUGACUCCAAAAUUCAAAGAAUGGAUGAAGGAUUCCAAAAAAUCUGACAAUAUAUGGAAUGGUCGUCGUUUAUGGAGUGUUGAAAUAAAACAACCUCAAAUCAUGGUUGUUAGAAAGUACACACCAUUACCACUUGCUAUUUAUCAAAAAGACAAAGAAAGUGAGCCAAUCAUCAACCUACAAUCUCCACAUGAACAUGGAAAAAUGGUUUUGUACAUCAAGAAAUAUGAUCAAGGUGAAGUUGCAAGAUGGAUAUACAAAAGGCCAAUUGGAUCUGAAUUAGAGUUGAGAGGUCCAUUCAUUGAAUAUGAAUUUCCAAAGACGCCUAAUGAUAGAUUUGAGAGACCCAAGAUGGAAAAUUUACCGAGUGGUGUCAAAGUGGAUGACCAAUACCCAAUCAAACCAGAUAACCUAGCUUUUUUCGCAGGAGGUACAGGUGUUGCACCAGUUUUGCAGACUCUGCUAUCCAAAAACCCAUAUAAGGGACAUGUUGAUAUAUUUUAUUCAAGAAAAACAGAGUCUGAAUUACCAAUACCAAGAUUUUUCUAUUUCUUGGAAAAGCUAGGACGUGUUAAAGUUCAUCAUUUAGUGAACGAGAAGGAUCAGCAAUCCAAGGGCAUCAAAGUGGAUGAGGAUCUUCCAUUACACCAACAUAAUUAUAAAUCUGCAUUAGAAAAAGCCAUUGCUGAGAAAUCCAAUAUCAAAAUAGAUAAUCCUGCGUUAGCGUUGGUAUGUGGUCCAGAUGGUUAUGUUGAUUAUGUUGCUGGGCCAAAGCCAUAUGAAGGUCAAGGACCUGUUGGUGGAUUACUACAGCAACGUGGCUGGGGUAAGAACAACGUAUUCAAGUUGUAA